GCGGGUGUGGGGGGUGGGGAGGAGGGCACUGGACAGACUAUAGGGACAUUCCUGGGGGCAUGGAGAUCUUCCAAAGACAGGGAGGUCUCUAAGCACUGAUUCCUUGGGGGUAAGGUCUCAAGGCCCCCAGUAGGAGCAGUAGGCCAUGAAGGUCUCCGGAAGGGCCUGAAGGAGGCAGCAGUGCUGGGGUGCAAUCACACAUGGAGGGACAUGUGGGAGGGUGUCUCAAGGACUUGAAGGACCCGGGAGAGGGGUCUGGGGAUGGGAAGAGUAUCAGCCAAUCUUGCGUGUGUGGCCCUCCGCAGCAGCCGCGCUGGCAUGGGCGUGAAGCGGAGCCUCCAGAGCGGGGGCACCUUGCUGGGCUUCUUGGCCAAAAUCCUCACGAUUUUCUCCACUACCACCAACUACUGGAUCCGCUAUCCCGGGGGCCAUAGUGGCUUGUGGCAGGAGUGUAAUGGUGGCACCUGCUCCAGCAUCCCCUGCCAGACCAUGCUGGCGGUGACAGAGGCGUGCAUGGUGCGCGGCAUCGGGUGUUUGGUGAUGGGGCUGAGGAUCCUGUGCCACGAGGGCGACUCACGGGGCCAGACUACGAGCGGCAUCUUCUUCCUCUACGGCCUGCUGCUGCUGAUUGCCUUGACAGGCUACACAGUGAAGAACGCGAAGAACGAUGUCUUCUUCUCGUGGUCCUGUUUUUCGGGGUGGCUGGCUUUACCCUUCUCUAUUCUCGCGGGUUUCUGCUUUCUGCUGGCGGACAGGGUCUUGCAGAGCACGGAUGCCCUCAGUGGAUUCCCUGUGUGCUUGUGA